AUGCGCUCGCUACGCCGCAAAACCUCUCACCAGCAUCAACAUCAUCACUGUCGUCAUCAUGGGCUCUGGCCUUUGAUUCCAUUCGACGUUCCUAAUAUUACCGUGCGUGGAUUUCGUAAUCCUUCCAUAGUCCCACAUCCCUCCUUCUAACCAUUAGUAAUCAUACAUCACAUCCAGUCCUCUCCCUUCGCUAUCUCAAUUUCAAGAUCAAACCCAGGCAAUAGUGAAUCAAACAAUAAUAACAUCCUAUGAGAUUUGAAAGAGAAAAACCACAGCCCUGCAUUUUCCCUUGCCCAUCCGGCUAUACGACACGAUAAGUCGUUGAUCACCUAACAUAACAUACCCACCCAUUUGAGAAAGAGUCAAAUGAUGUAAGACCUGGACUGCAUACGUACGUACACAUACGCAUGUAGGCAUGUACGAGAGAAAGAUAAAAUAAAAGAAACAGACGUCCAAGCAAAACUCGGGGGUAAACGUAGACAACACAGCAGAGACAGACACAGCCCCCCUCCCCAAAAUUAAGACUCGGAGAAUAAAGUAAUGGCUGUCCGAUGGAUGAUCGAUCAAUAUCUGACGUUGGUGUACUGUACCUCAAACAGCGAGCCCGAGAGAGAGGAGGGAAGGGGGGAAGGGAUGUCCGAUGGUGUGGUGUGUAGUGGUGUGUAGUGUUAGGUUGGCAGGGUGGUGAAAAGUAGUUAGUUAGCAAGACCGACGACGAUAGACGCUGGCAAAACCACUCCGACGCGUACGCGCGCAAGUACGUGAGUAAGUGUAAACGUAAGUGUAAGUGU